AUGGUCUCAUCAAGGGCUGCCACCAGGCUACUGGCCUACCGGGCGCCGUCACCGCUGACCCCGGCGUAUGCCUCAUCCGUCGUCCGCGCAUCAACGUCCUCCUUCUCAACCUCCGCCAUUAGAGCUGCCACUCCCGCCGGGCCACCACCCUCAGGCUUCCGUCUUGCUCCUCCAAAGCGAUGGGACCAGCAGGGCGAGACCUCUCUCGAUAGCGCUACCAAGUACUUCCUCAUGGCCGAGCUGUUUCGAGGCAUAUACACAAUCUUCUACCCAUUCGAGAAAGGUCCUAUCUCCCCCCGCUUCCGUGGCGAGCACGCUCUCCGCAGAUAUCCCUCUGGAGAAGAACGAUGCAUUGCUUGCAAGCUCUGUGAGGCCAUUUGUCCUGCGCAGGCCAUCACCAUCGAAGCUGAAGAACGUGUUGAUGGAAGUCGACGAACUACCAGAUAUGAUAUUGAUAUGACCAAGUGCAUCUACUGUGGAUUCUGCCAGGAGAGCUGUCCUGUAGAUGCCAUCGUUGAAUCUCCCAAUGCCGAGUAUGCUACUGAAACCAGAGAAGAGCUGUUGUACAACAAAGAGAAACUACUGGCAAAUGGUGACAAGUGGGAACCAGAACUCGCCGCUGCUGCCAGAGCAGACGCCCCUUACAGAUAA